GGCCGCGGGGCUCGCGGGGCGGCGGGAGCGGCGGCGCGCGAGCGCCGUGUGGCGGGGCCGCGAGCGCGCUCCCGCCGCCCCCCUGAGGCGGCCCGGCCGGCGGGGCGGGCCGCGUGCGCCUCCCUUCGCCUCCCCUCAGCCGCCGCCCGCCCGCCGCCGUGACAGCAGAUGUGGCGUAUCUGAGUUUGGAAUCGCCGUCACCUGUGUAUCCUAGGGCCACAGAAUGGACCGUGCUGGAACGCCGCAGCGCUCCAAGCUAUGGACAAGCUCCAUCACCCCCGUCACCAAACAAGCUACUUGUUCAGUUCUGACUCGCUUACUAUUCGUUAUAACUUAACUAUUGUGCAGACUCAAGGUGAACUCGUUAUAUGAACAGUUCGUCCCCCGCACGCCUGUGAGCGGCCGAGACUGGCGAUCCGGUGGAUGUGGACUGUGCAGUAUCCGAAGGUGCCUUAAUCCAUUCGUGUCGUGUUUGAGCACACUUUGGAUUUAACCGUUCCUCAUCCUGCUUUCCCUGUGAUGAUGUGAAUGCUUACAAGCACACUCACAGUAUUUUUUUUGCCUCACGCUCAGGCUCCGAGCCAGAACUGAUGUCAAGGAUUGGUGUAAGAACAGCAGGUUUCUGUAAAAGGGGCUGCCGGAGCGAUGGCACGCGUGCGGCACCGGUGGGGACGUUACCAGUGUUAAGACACUGUUUUGUUUUUGGAAGUCUGGACUCAGAAUCAGCUGGAAAAGCAAUGGGAUUCCCAGUGAGUGCUGACAAAGUAGGUCAGUUGAACGCAAAAGUGAAAGCACACGCACCACCCUAUUCCCACGUCUGGCGGGGGAGCGCAUGUCAGCCUGCAAGCGCGAAAAGCCCCAGGACUCAUGCGUGACUCGAGUUUUCCGAAACAAAUACGAUCUUUAGAUGGAGUUAAGAAUUGUUACCUGCGUCAAAGAAACAGAGACCAAGAAUGAGCAUGAGUGGGGAGAGGAUCCCUCAAGCCUCACAGCGCGGAAAGACGUGGAAAAGACCCGACAGCAGAGAAUAAGAGGAGGUGAGCUGUGCUGUGCUUGCAAUGGAAUCAUUGGGAAUUUGCCAUGAAAGCAGAAUUUGUUGUUGUUCUUUCAGCAUUUCAGUACCCAUCACCAUAUUAUCUAGGCGCCACCGUAAGAUUAGGAAGCUCUGCGGUGACAUUCUCAACAUGGUCUGUUCAAAGGUCAUUAGCAGAGCCUUCCAUAGUGGAAAAGAUCGGAGGAGGGUACGGAAGUGACCCGCAGAAGGAGAGAAAAAGGAAAAGGAGGCGGUAACCUGUUGGAGCCAUUUUGGUUGUGCUCACCCUCUGUGGCUUGCUCAGCUAGUAGUGAAGUACAGGAACCUCAUGUCAGCUGCCUUUAUUCUGCUGCGGGGACUCUAGUACCUGCUGUCACCUCGGAGAGCUAUCUCACGUGGCCUCGAGACUGCUGCCCCUGAGCUUUCUUCAGAUGCUGUUUACAUGCUUGGUCUUCGCGAUUUCUGUACGUUACUGCCUCAGAGCAGGGCAUUUCUCUCAACAGCUCCCAGGAGAGAGCAAGCACCGCAGCUCAGGGAACCGCCUUCUCCAAACUGAUGUAUUAGUUAAAACUUUAUUUUUAGCUUAGCGUGCAAAUCCUACAAACUCUUUCUGUUUGAAGAAGCAAAAAAGGCUGUUUUCCAAAGUACACAAAGUUACAUAGCACCCACGGAAUCAGGAAAGAUGGUUUUAGCCCACGAGGCCCAAUCCUGCUUCCACUGCAGCCAGUUGCUGUAGCGUCUCUGAUUGCCAUGAGCACAUGCUGAGGACAACCUGGGGAACUUGCGUUAUGGAAACUGGCGCUGGCCGUACUGCGUUCACUGAUGCAGUCUGCUGCUACUCUUUCAAAAAGUAUACUGGAAAGAGACUACAAGAAUGGAUCUCUGUCAUCUUAUGCUUCUCUCUGAUCUGUUUCAAUUUUUACAAUCUUCUCUUCUACUUGCGACUGGAACACACGCCCUCUGUUAUCAUCGGGAUAUUUGCAGGAGUUAUUACGGCUGACUUCCUAUCAGGAUUAUUUCACUGGGGAGCAGAUACCUGGGGAUCUGUGGAGCUACCCGUAGUUGGAAAGGCUUUCAUCAGACCCUUUAGAGAACAUCAUAUUGACCCCACAGCAAUUACCAGACAUGAUUUUAUAGAGACCAACGGAGACAACUGCUUUAUGACACUAGUCCCAUUGGCAAACAUGGCAUACAAAUUUGUUUCAUUUUCCCCAGAGGCAUUAUAUGAAACAUGUCCUUGGGAGUGUUAUGUCUUUGCCCUUAUCAUCUUCAUCACCAUGACAAACCAGAUUCACAAGUGGUCGCACACGUACUUCGGUCUUCCACCCUGGGUCGUAUUUCUACAGGACUGGCAUGUUAUCCUGCCACGGAAGCAUCACAGGAUCCAUCACGUGUCUCCACACGAGACGUAUUUCUGCAUUACAACUGGCUGGCUGAACUAUCCAUUAGAGAAGAUAAGAUUCUGGAGGUGUUUGGAGAACAUUAUCCAAGGAGUUACUGGGCAGAAGCCGAGAGCAGAUGACAUGAAAUGGGCUCAGAAAAUUAAAUAACACUUGCCAGCCUUCUGCAAUCCUUAAUUUGUUGCCAAUGUUGGUUUUUUUAAAAAAAAAAAAAUUAAGCCAUCAGCCAAAUUCAAGACCUGCGAAGAAUAACAGACUCUAAAGCACAAACUAAAAAGUGCUAACACAGACUGUAAUGAAAAGAACUAAUUCUUAAAACAAUACUUGAAAUGAAGAUGAUUACUCUUACUCAGCACCUUUUCGUUUAGCCACGUCUGCUUACGUCAUAGAAAAUAGUUCAUCACUGUAUCUCGUAAGGCUAUCGGGCAAGCCAGAAGGCAGGACAGUCACUCCAUUGGUACAUGGUGGCGUCGUAAACAUGUGUUGUAUCAACAUUAUUUAACGCUUCAAAAAACAGCUUGUUGCCUAAGACCUAUAGGGAGAACGGUGACAACAGUUUGUCACUCCAUGUUUGAGUCCAAGUAUGCUGCGAGAAAACGGUGCGUCAGAGGAACAGAAGCCUAUAAGGUCAUCACCGUUCAAUGCACUUAGUGAUUGGUAAACUUACAGCUCUGUCUUCGCUAUCAUGUUAAAUCUAAUUGAUGUAAUGUGGAACAGACUUUGAGAACCCCGCUCCACCAGUGGGCCAUGAAUCUUCAAGUGUCCUCAGUUUCCCUUAAAAUAAAAUUGUUCUACUCUCUACGUGGAAUUGAGCAAACCUUUUCUGCGUCAGCCUUCAACGUCGCGAGCCUCUGCGGAGAGGGAGGGCACCCAGUGCAACACAUGCUCACGUUUGUUCGUGCGGAGUGCUCACUGAUGAGUCUUCUAUUAAGUGUUUCCUACCCUGACAAUAAAUGUUUAAAAUAGUUCUAGCAUUGGACACAUUGCAAAUAGCCGUAUUCAAGAGCUCAAGGUAUCAAACUUGUAAUGUUAGAAGGGAAAUGUCAACGACUGGUGUUUUGUUCCUUUUUUUUUCUGUUUGUUUUUAAGGUGCUUGCUUGUUUCUGUAAAUAAUAUAAAGCCUUAAUCUC